UGCAACGAUAUUUCUCUCCUCUGAGGUUCCUUGCCUAUAAAGGGAGUCAAACCAUGGCUUCUCCGAGCUCACGUGUCAGUCGCAGAGGGACCGCCAACAAAUCGAGAUCAUUCAUUCACUUCCGCUUUUCGAAUAAACAACUCCUGCAGGCCCUGGUGAACGUUAAACAAGUAAUUUAUUCUUAGCAAUAUGGCGUGUCCGAUGAGAAACGGAGGAGAAGACCACAGCCAGGAAGGCGAUCAGUUAACCGAAGGUCCAGGAAUGCUUUAUGGCGAAUACCUUCGGCUUGAUAAAAUAUUAUCCGCUCAACGGAUGCUGAGCGCUCAAUACGGGAAUGAGGCAGUUCACGAUGAGCAUCUAUUCAUCGUUACUCAUCAAGCCUACGAACUUUGGUUUAAGCAAAUCAUAUUCGAGCUGGACUCCGUAAGGGCGCUCUUCAAUACCGAGGGUCUGGACGAGUCGAGGACGCUGGAAAUAUUGAAGAGAUUGAAUCGAAUUGUUCUGAUACUAAAACUUCUGGUGGACCAGGUCAUGAUCCUUGAGACAAUGACACCUCUGGAUUUUAUGGCUUUUCGCGAUUAUCUCUGCCCGGCUUCCGGUUUCCAAUCGCUUCAGUUUCGUCUGUUGGAGAACAAAUUGGGUUUGCUUCAGGAGCACAGGGUAAAAUACAACCAGAGUUACACGAGAGUUUUCGGCAGAGAUCCGGAAGCUAUGAGGGCUCUCGGGGAUGCUGAGAGCGAACCGAGUCUGAGCUGUCUGGUACAGAGGUGGCUUGAGAGGACGCCGGGUCUCGAACCCCAUAAUUUUGACUUUUGGGGAAAGUAUACGAGAGUUGUCGAAGAGAUGUUAGCCGAACAGGAGGCCCAGGCCAAGAAAGAGAAGAAGGAACAGGUACGGAAGCACCGUUUGGCGGACGUCUCUUCUCGCAGGGCUGUUUUUGAAACUAUAUUCAAUGAGGUACAACACGAGGCUCUCGUAUCCAGAGGAGAACGCCGAUUUACUCACGCCGCUCUUCAAGGUGCCGUUAUGAUAACGCUGUACAGAGAUGAGCCAAGGUUCAGUCAGCCUCAUCAGAUACUAACACUGCUUAUGGACAUCGAUUCCUUGAUCACCAAAUGGCGAUAUAAUCACGUGAUAAUGGUCCAGCGGAUGAUCGGCUCGCAGCAGCUUGGAACUGGCGGUUCUUCCGGGUAUCAAUACCUGAGAUCGACUUUGAGCGAUCGUUACAAGGUGUUCCUGGAUCUGUUCAACCUUUCGACAUUUUUGAUUCCUCGUAACUUGAUUCCUCCACUCAGCAGAGAUAUGAAAGUGAAGCUUUCGGUUGCCUGGGGAUGCGGCUGGAGCACUGAAGAUGAUCAGAACAUUUUGGAAAGUUCGGCCGAGGCAUCGAUGUAAAGCGUUUUCUAUGCGCUUUAUUGUAAAACAAAGUUAAAAAAAAAAAGGAAAGAAAACCAGAUGAAUUCGAUUACCAACUGCAAUGUAGAUCGCCGUCCACAGUGAAGAAAAUUUUCCAAAUAUUUUAAAUGAAAAGUAAGACGAGAAAAUGAUUCAUGUAAAUAGUUGCAUAGUAUACUAUAUAAUUUAUUGCUUAUAAGAAAUUUCAUUAAUAUUCUUAAAAAAAAAAAACCUACCUACAUUCGAAAUCUGAUAAGAAAAUCGAAUUAAUAUCGCGAGUAAUCGGUUAAAAAAUUUAUGAAAUAUGUGGAUACUUUGUGUAAUUGUUUUAUGUAAUAACAAUGGCGUGCUUAACACUGUCUAACGUUAUGUAUACAAAUGUACAUUGUUUAUGCUAGAUGAUUGUUGCCUAGUAGAAAAGUUACAAUAGGUGCGCAAACUUAACUAGGAAUACGGGUUCUCCAAUUAUUAACGCUGUAUUUACUAAUCACCGCAUGAUAUGAACAUUGUACUUAUAAAAAUAGAAUUUAACAGCCUCCAAUGUUUGAUAUUCAACUAAUUAAAGUGUUAUACGAAACUA